AAGCCCGUGCUGGUUAAAACAAGUUAAACAAGUCAAGGGGAACGAUGAACAUUAAAAUUGUUCCUGUUUGUUUUGUUCUCUAUUUGAAUUCCUGUUCACUCCGCCUGAAGGGUGAAGCUGUUACCGUAAAGCAGGGUAUAUAGGCGCUGUGGAGUUUCAGAAGCGUGGAGCAGUAGUAUGUAUACCUGUGCCUGAAGGAUGAAGCUGUUACCGUAAAGCAGGGUAUAAAGGCGCUGUGGAGUUUCAGAAGUGUGGAGCAGUAAUAAACCUGUUCUCUCUCCUGCACGGCUCUGCUCUGCUCUCAGUCUGCUGAACAUGGGUUCCUCACACUCUGACCUGCGGGAACAUGAGGUCCAGCAUCUCUCUGAGAAAACCGGCUUUUCUUCAGAGCAGAUCAGAAACCUGCACAAGAGAUUUAAGAACCUGACCCACAACAGUGACACCUUAAGCCGAGGUGACCUGGAGAAAAUCGGCGAUUUGACUUUCAACCCCAUUAGAAGCCAAAUCAUUGAUGCCUUCUUCGACAAAAGGAACUUCAGACAGGAUGAGGUGGGCACUGUGGAGGAGAUCAGCUUCGAGGAGUUCCUCACCGUCAUGUCCCACUUCAGGCCACUGAACCAGGAGUUGACGCAGGAGGACAAAGAUAAGAUUAGAAAAGAGAAACUCCACUUCCUGUUCAACAUGCACGACAAAGACAACGACGGCAUCAUCACUUUGGAGGAAUACAGACAGCUGGUAGAAGAACUGCUGUCCAACUCUGCUAUCGAAGGAGAAACAUCCAAGUCCAUCGCAGACGCUGCUAUGCUCGAGGUCGCGAGCGUCACGAUGGGUCAGAUGGCUCCAGAUGAGGUGUAUGAGGGAAUCACGUUCGAGCAUUUCCUUCAGAUUCUGAAAGGCGUGGAGAUCGAGUCGAGGAUGUACAUCCGCUUUCUGUACGUGGACACGACGACGAUGAGAUGCGGAAAGUAGACCGUUCCCAGCUCUGUACUAGUUUGACCUUUCGACGACUUCUUAAAGCAUCUCCAAACCUUCCAGUAGUGCUGCUGCGUGCGUGCGUGCGUGCGUGCGUGCGUGAGUGAGUGAGUGAGUGAGUGAGUGAGUGAGUGAGUGAGUGACACCUGAACGGGUUGAACAGCAUGUGUGGCAUUUCUGCGAGCGUAUUUUUAAACUGACGUGCUGUAUGUGUGGCAUGCGUGUAGGUGUUGAGUGAAGGACUAGCGCUCGGCUGAAAGGGGAGAUUGUUUUGGGAUAAUUUCUUAAUCCCUUUGGCCUUAUCUAUUUUGGGUGCCUUUGAGUAGAGGUUAAAUACUGCACCCACAUAACGCUUAUUAACCGUAUUAGCAACACACUCACGCAUAUUCUGCACUUAUACGGUAUCAUGGUCCAGUUUUAAGAGUCCACUACCACUGUCAAAACCUGUUCGGUGUUUAACGUUUGCAUUUUUAAUUUUUUUUUAAUGUACAGUAGAUCAAAACGACACGUAAGCCUGUCUCACUUAAUAUCUGUUCUAUAGCUAAAUAUCCGAGUCGAACCACCAUCUACCAUCCUCGCGUGAAACCGUGACGUUCCUAAGGAAACGUUUCGCCUUUCGUCCAGCGCCCUCUUCAGACGUACGCACGUAAUAUCGGUUGACUUUGUACUUAUAAAUACGAACACAAAAAUACACGUUCAUGAGCACCGACGAAGACAUUACCGACAUUAGUAUUUUUCCGCCAAGGCGUCGUUGGUAGUUCCAGCGUCGCAGCCUCGUGCUUCGAGCGUGAUCCGUUCCUCUUAGCAAAUCGUCUUCAAUUCUUUAAGCGUACCACGUGAGGGUUCCUCCACCGGACUCGGACUAUCAAAAUGGCUCAGAGAUGAACAGUGAGUGGCAUUUCAGGAGAUGCCAAGGCCUUCUCGAGUUAUUUUGGCUGCACGUGGCGCCGGUACGGUUCUCAGAGAAGCAGCCCCACAUCACGAUGCUCCCUCCACCGUGCUUCACCGUAUGUAUAGCGUUCUUACGAUCGUACGUCUUUCUCCAAGCAUGACGAGCUGAAUUAUCGAGCUCUAUUUUUGUUUCGGAAAUAAAUAAAUAAAUAAAUAAAAAGACUCCUGAUUUGUCUAAAGGCUCGUGUGCACAUUUGUAGACGCACCCUCUCUGUGGUUCUUUCACAGCACGGGAGUUUUGCAUGGGGUGUUUUGCAGUGCAGUUCAUUGCUCUGUGUAACUGUCGCUCCUGCUGCGUAUAGGUCGUCCUGCAGCUCUUUUCGAGCGACUGCCGGCUUCUCUCCUAUCUUCCUCAUCAUUAGUCCGAGAGCGCAUUUCUACGACUAAAAACCCAAAGAAAUAUUCCUUGCACUGACUUAGCAGGGAAUAGUGGGAAGUGCCGUGUUGUUAAAGGAGAAUAAUCCAAAUCCACGCCAAGGGGGUGUGACUUGGGCCGACGUGAAGCAGCCUGGUUUAAACUUGACGCGCGAUUCGGCUCACGUGCGGAAGCAGAGGUAUUCCGCACCCGCAAACGUCUGGCGAGUUUACGCACGGCGACGUUGAACACGCCGACUUUUUGCGAUCGAUGUCGCGAUUGUCUUUACCUUCGAAACUAUUUACAAUCUACACAAGCUAGGCAAAACUGAUCCUCCGGUAGGUUUGAAGGUGACACGAGAGGUUUUAGAAAUCGUACGCUAAAUGUCAUCGGAAAAGCGGUCAGCGUUAGCGCCCGACAACAGUCUAGAAUCGUAUCCGCGUAUCGAUUCGAGAACGAGACACAGCGCUCAGUCGUUUAGCGGAGGAACACCGGCGGGAUCAUUCGUCCUAGAACUUUAAACUAUGCUAGUGCAGGAUAGGGAAAAUAUUCAAUCAGGGGCGUGUCCGAACGUGACUCCCCGUGACUUCUCAAGAAGUAUUAGCGCAUAUGUCUGUCUUUAUUUUCAAUAUCGAUUCGUAAAAGAAAAGAGCGAAAAGAGGAGAUCUGGAGCGAGUUUCUCUCAUGAUCUCAUUUGUAAAUCAAGUAGUUUGGGAACCCCUGGUCUAUGCUACGUCUCUGUAGCAUUCUCCGUUUGAGUGUCGAUUGAUAAUGUUUUCCCUGAGAACUUCAGGAAGCUCCUUCUCCUUCACCUUCACCAUGAUUGUUACCACCGGCAACGUCUUUUAAAACAACACCAGGUGCGAUUUGCAUUAGAACAUUUUUCCCAGCGUUUCAUUCUUUCAGUGAUGAUGCAAGGCCUACAAAGGUUUUUAACAUAGUGUCCGAAUACCUUUUCCCCAUCAGUUCUGUUUUUGAAACAUCUUACUGUUUUCAUCAUGCUUAUGAAUUUCUCUCUAUAUAUAUAAGUACAAUGUCAAACGACAUUAUGAGUGUGAAUCUCAAGUGGCUCUACGCACUGGAAGUAAAUUAAAUAACAAAAAAACCAAACAAAAAAAAGUGUCCGAAUACUUAUUUCCCCUCACUGUAUACGGCUUAAGGAAUAUUUCAUGUGACCUUUUCACGAACCUUUUCAUAAUACACCCGGUGGUGUGCUAUUCUAGAAAGAAAAUAAACAACCGCGUGACGUGGUGCCUCCCGACGCGAAACCGUUAGCCCCCCGAACUGUUUCCUUCCUUUCAUACCUGUUGAUUUCUGAGUUCUGAAUUCUGAUUGGUCAGCAGCUGUUGAUUAAUGUUAAAUAUUCCAUUUUCUAUCAUCAGCAGCUCCAGUAAUUCCUUCUUGCAAAAAUCACACGCUUAUAUUAAUAACGUUCCGUGAUCGUCACGUCUACAGCUCCUAUAACGUAAACGGGGAAUCGUUUCCCGGACGUUCCACAACACUAAACCGGUUCAGAUAGAAAAAAGCACGACGUGUUGUUCUUUAAUGAAUAAAACGACAUAAUCGUCGGCAGACCGCUGUCGUAUAAAAGGGAGUAAAACACACCGGGACGCUGUUGUUGUUCGAGGAAAAUCAUCUCAAACGAACGUUGAGGUGGUUGCGGCAACGCCGCUUCAUCUCACCG